AUUGCAUGAAUCAUCAUGUGGGAAGUUUCCUCCACUUUUUCUUAUUUUUCCACUUCAGUUUGGUCACACCAGGGCGCCACCUGUCUGUGCUACUGUAAACCACAAACCCACCACUGUCAUCUGGAGUUAACAUCAAUCUCAUCUCCAUCGGCAGCUUUGGAGACUGAAUUCAGAUCCAUUUUUUUCCGAAUCAACAAAGGUUGUGUGUGGGCAAAGAACCAGGCAUAUGCUCGCUUCGCUGGAGCUCCGCUCAAAAUUCACAAGAUUUCUAACCCCUGGAGAAGCCCCACAGGUUCACUACCUGCUCUCAGGACCAAAGAGGAAGGCAGCUGCUCUCAACCCAGUCAGAUCAUCAUUCAGUUGAGGAAACAGAAAUACAAUGCAGACUAUGAUCUCUCGGCCAAAGAGGGCGCGGACACAUUGGCCUUCAUCUCGCUACUGGAGGAGCGACUGUUGCCUGCGCUGAUCUACGCUUUAUGGAUCGAUCCUAAGAACUACGUGGAGGUGACGCGCCGCUGGUACGGAGAGAAUAUGUCCUUCCCGUUCAAUUUCUUCCUGCCGGGCCGCAUGCAGAACAGGCAGCUGGAGCGACUCCGUCUGAUCCGAGGAAACAGCGCGCUCGAGGCGGGAGAAGAGGCAGAGAAGGAGCUUUACCAUGAUGCUCUGGAGUGCCUGAAUCUUCUCUCUCAGCGCCUGGGAUCGAACAAAUUCUUCUUUGGAGAUUCGCCCUCUUCUCUGGAUGCGUAUGUGUUUGGUCAUCUAGCACCACUUAUUAAGAUCCGACUGCCUAACUGCCGAGUGCAGCAGAACUUGAAGAAUCUGGACAACUUGAACACAUAUUGCUCUAACAUCCUGAGUCUGUACUUCCCCAGUGAGAGUAAAGAGGGCGUCAGCCGUCCGGUGUCCAGCACACAGCAGGGGAGCGACUUUGACAACGAGCCAUACAAGAGACGCAAGCAGUUGCUGUCAGUGCUGGUUGCUGUGGCAGCAAUGUUGAGCUACGCUCUCCUCACCGGCAUAGUAGCUAUUGAGCAUAUGCAUGAGGAGGGGCCCAUAGGCCCUGCUUCACUCAGAGGCCCCUCACAUGAGGAUGAAGAGGAGGAGUGAAUGAGAAUCAGGGCUUUCUGUUAGUUGCACUGGGACUGUCACUUCUACAUGGUGGAGGAACAUACAAGGAACCAUAUAUUGUUAGGAAUUUAUGUAUUAUUUAUUCCUUGACUUGAGCUUUAAUUGCAUCAUAAGCUUUCAUUUUAUAUUUUGUUAGAUGUUUUUCUGUUAUUCCAUAGAGCUGCAUUGUUUGCUUUAAUCUCUUAUCUGGGUAUGUUCACAUGUGUUUUCUUUUUGUUUUGUUUUCUACCAAAAAUAAAAAGCAUAACUAUUUAUAGGUUCUAAUCUUAAGUUAAGUUCAGGUAAGAAAGCACUUAAAACUUGUCACCAACUGAGGGAUUCCCUCUACUGUCAUUGUGUGGACCAAAACAGAGUGUUUUAAACCCUUUUGAUAGCUUUAUGAUAAUUAUAAUGAGAGAUUCACAUCUCUUAUGUGCUAUUGUGAUAUUACCUUAAAGCUCAGUCAGUGUUUUUCUUGUUUUAAUGCACAUUUUAUUUGCUACCUGCAUAAAUCAUCUUUUCCACUCUGCUGUCAGUACUAGUCUGCUGCUUUAUACUUCAAACAGAUUAAUGCUCAUGUUAAUGUGAUAUAUCCUAUUGACGGAAAUGACCAAUAUUUAAUCCAGUUAGUCUUAAAGUAAUAGAUAAACAAAAUAAUUGAUUCUCCUUCAUGUUGUGUGAUUUGCUUUCUACUGUAAAACACAAAAGGACAUAUUUUUCAGAUUGUCGCCAUUACUGAUUUUCACACAAUGAACGUAACGUAGUAACUCGCGUUAAAGUAGUCCAAACAACUUGUGCGUUAUUUUCAAAGUAUUCUGCAGACAUACAGUAGUUUAUGCGAGAAACUGUCCAUAAUUUAAAUCAUUAUUUGCUCAAAAUAUUCUUAUUGACUCUUGUAUCUAAUUUGCACUAAAUAUUCAUAUUCAAACAUUCAAUACAUAUGGCCACUUGGCAUGUGAGAACAAAUAGCAUUUGGCAUCACUAAUUGUGCAUUGCACAUUUAGAUAUUGGGCCAGAAUGAUCCAAAACAGCCUUACACAUUGAAUAAAAAACUGUGACUCAAACUUAAUUCAAAAUGGGUUCUUUUGUAAAAAUCAUACAGGUUUACAACAACAGAACAGGGAGUAAAUGAUGACACAAUUUUAAUUUUGGAGUAAACAAAUGUUUUAAACAGGACAUAUUCACCUUAUUGCAAAGGAUAAAGAAACUGUGUCUUAUGUUAAUGAUUAGAAAUUGCUCUCAGAUGGAGAUUUUUUUAGGAGACAGUAAUAGAUUAUUAAUGCCAAAAGAUACUGUCCAAAGGAAUCUCGCUGACAGACCGCAAAAACUGGCUAAGAUGUUUCAGUUUUUGUAACUUUCCAUGAGAUCCAUGAGGUUUUCUGUAAGGAAGUUAAACUACAUGAGAGCGAUUUGUUCUUUCUUGUUAAACUAUGUUUGAAGAUGGCUGAUUUGGGUAAUAUGUAUGGUCUGUAGUCGUUUAUUCCCCUUAACAGCUUUGUUUUGCACAUUAUUAAAGCUUCAAAACCAGUUCACCUUUUACAUUCAUGUGUUGAUUUGUUCAUAUUCAUAAACCGGUGAUCUGUCAUGGUAAAGGAUGGGAUUCUAUAGAAAUGGAAAGAAAAUUUAAACUCUCUUCAGACUGAACUUUGGAUCUCUUUUCACUAGCUGUUAUGUGCUGUAACUUAUGGAUUUCUAUUUUCAUAAUUUGAGGGGCAAAUAAACUGUCUUGAAUAA